AUGGUCGGCGCGGCACUUAGAUUGCGGUCCGAAACGACCUUGCCCAUCGCCAUUGUAAACUUGACGAUUGUCUUCCCACCUCCUAAAAGCAGCCAAGAAGGAAAUAAGUUGCAUGUACAAAGGACAAGCAUGAAACCGGAGACGAGUCACCCCACGAACGAAAUGCCGUCAAAGAGCUGGAGAUAUUGUGGCUAUUGUGAAGAGGGAAAUGAUUUUGUGACAAUCAUGGUCAGAGGACAGGACAAUGAAUAA